UUCCAGUGGAGGCGAUAGUGGAAUUUGACUACAAGGCUCAGCAUGAUGAUGAGCUGACAAUUGCAGUAGGUGAUAUAAUCACCAAUAUCAGAAAGGAGGAUGGAGGCUGGUGGGAAGGACAGCUCAAAGGCAGAAGAGGAAAUAAAGAAGGACAUGAAGAAAGAAAGUCUUACCAACAAACCACCAGAAAAGCCUAUCAAUGACGUUUCCAACGGAAGCCCUUUAUUGUUGUCUGAGACAAUUAUUAGAACCAACAAAAAAGGAGAGAGAAACAGACGAAGAAGAUGUCAGGUAGCUUUCAGUUACAUGCCUCAGAAUGAAGAUGAGCUGGAGUUAAAAGUUGGUGACAUCAUUGAAGUGGUGGGAGAAGUGGAAGAGGGCUGGUGGGAAGGAAUACUUAAUGGAAAGACUGGCAUGUUUCCCUCCAACUUCAUAAAGGAGCUUUCUGAUUCAGACGAUGCUGGAAUUGCACAGCAGGAACAAAUAACUAAGCCAAGAAAAUCUGCCUUUGAGGGGACAAUUCUGUACAGAGGGGCACCGGCAAAGAUUGACAGCUACAGACGCUAUAACAGCUUAAAAGAUGCAACAGGCUCUGAGAGUGAUGGUGGUGACUCAAGCAGCACAAAAUCAGAAGGUGCCAAUGGAGCUGCACCAAUCCAACCCAAAAAAGUCAAGGGGGUUGGCUUUGGAGAUAUCUUCAAAGACAAACCUAUAAAGCUACGGCCAAGGUCAAUAGAAGUAGAAAAUGACUUUCUACCUGUAGAAAAGACUGUUGGGAAGAAAUUACCUCCGGCUGCAGCAACUCAGGAGCCAACAAAAAUAGAAGCAGACAACAGAACAAAGGUCAAGGAGUAUUGCAAAGUAAUAUUUCCAUAUGAAGCACAGAAUGAUGAUGAACUGACAAUCAAAGAAGGUGAUAUCGUCACGCUUCUCAGUAAGGAUUGCAUUGAUGCAGGUUGGUGGGAAGGAGAACUCAACGGCAGACGUGGAGUGUUUCCAGAUAAUUUUGUCAAGCUCCUAUCCUCUGAUUUUGAAAAAGAAAGACCUAAGAAACCACCACCUCCAUCAGCUCCUGUCAUCAAACAAGGGUCAGUUGCCACGGACAGAAAGCAUGAAAUCAGAAAGGUACCUCCAGAAAGGCCAGAAUGUCUUCCAAAUCGAACAGAAGAAAAAGAAAGAUCAGAGAGAGAGCAAAAGCAGUUGGAAUUGCAGAAGCCUUCAGUUCCUGCUAUACCUCCAAAGAAACCCAGACCACCCAAAACUAACUCUCUGAACAAACCUGGUGCAUUGCCCCCACGGCGACCAGAAAGACCAGUUGUGCCUGUGACUCAUGCAAGGAGUGAUAGUCAAAAAGUAGAACUUGUGGGCAGUACAGUAUCCAACACCCUUGAGAAGGACUCCUCAGAAAGAAGCAGUGAUAUUGAUCUGGAAGGCUUUGACUCUGUAGUCCCUGUUGCUGAGAAGCUCAGUCAUCCAACUACAACCAGACCAAAAGCCACUGGCAGGCGACCACCCUCCCAGUCGCUCACAUUGUCCUCCCUUUCAAGUUCUGAUUUCUUUGACUCACCAAGUCCUGAAGAUGAGAAGGAGGAACAUGUCUCCCUUACACACAAAACGAUUGAAGUGUCAAAGAAAGCAAAGACUGUUACAAUAUCACAAGUGUCUGACAAUAAAACGUCAUUGCCUCCCAAACCAGGAAGUUUAACCAGUGGAAUUAGUGCACAAGCAUCAUUAUCCUCCUCACCUUCAACUGUACUUCAUUCAGUUACUGGGGGAACAACAGGCCAAAGGUCAAAUUCCCCAUCCUUAUUCAGUACUGAAGGAAAGCCAAAGACUGAGUUCUCAAGUCAGGGGCAAGCGGCCUUGGAGGAGCUGAGAACACAAGUUAAGGAGCUACGAAUCAUUAUUGAAACAAUGAAAGACCAGCAAAAAAAAGAGAUCAAACAAUUGCUGUCUGAAUUGGAUGAAGAAAAGAAGAUCCGUCUACGAUUACAGAUGGAAGUUAAUGACAUAAAAAAAGCUCUUCAAUCAAAAUGAAUACUUGAUAGAUGGAAUGUUACAUUAUUCAUCAUGACUGAGACUCAAAUUUAUGCCCCAGCCAAAAUAACUUUGUGCCAAAUGAUUUAAGAAUUGCCUCAACAUCCCUUUGUUUGAAGGAUUAGCACAAGAGUUUUGAUAGCACAACAGAAAUACCAACGAAAAGAAAAACUUCUACACAAAGCAGUUGCUGUAUGGCACUGGUUGUGACUGAAAUUGUUACUAUUGUGCUAAAGGCUCUCUACUUCAAGAUCACAGAUAAAAUGAAAACUCAGGCAGUUUAGUCCAUAGUGGUACUAUUUUGAUGAUAUUUUUCCAUAAAUAAAAUGUAUUUCAGAUUAUCCGUUUACAAGCUUUAUGAUUUUGAUUUUUUUAAAAAAAUUGUCUUUUGUCACAGAGUCCUAAAAUAUUUGUACUGCAUAUAGUCAGGAAUGAAUGUUACUAUGUGUGUGUGGGGGGGAGGGUGUUGCUUCAGGUAGAAGAGCCUACUUUUUGUGUUAUGGUUUUAAAUUCUGUUACAUAUGCAAUUUUAUGUCCAAAAAAAUAUACAAGAUAAAUUUGUGUACUAUAGUGUAUUUAAAAAAAGAAGAAAACAAUGGAAAAAUCUGGUCUUUGCAAUGAUUUGUGCCUUCUUUUUGCCACACUGAUUGAAGCUGGUUGCAAACCAGAUCUCAAGAUAAUGUAGCUGUCCUGCUGACACCUGUCAUUUUGGUCCACUAGAGGUCACUCGUAAUAUUUAACUGCUCUGUCAAUACAGCCAGAUGUGUGCUAAGGUGGCAUGACAAACUGCAGGUUUGGAAGCAGCUUUGUCUUAUCAGCUGUGGCUUUUUAGCUUUCCUGUUUUUAAUAGGCCUCUCAUGCAACUAGAAAGUUCAUCUCUGCUUGAUUUUGAUUACAAAAACUAAUCACCUGCUUCCGUCCCCAAUUUUGCACAUGGAGUGAACAGCAGAUAUGCAUUACUAAAGUAAAAAUAAAAACAACCUAAAAAUCAUCAAUAAAAAAGUUGUUUUAUUCAUGCAUGAA